UCACUCCUUCAAGCCCCGCCCCUUUACCGCCUCUGCCUCCUCCUCACGGCGACUCUCUUACAGCUGGUCGGUCAAAGAUGGCGUUCACAUUUGCGGCCUUUUGUUAUAUGCUUGCUCUGCUGCUGACGGCGGCUUUGAUUUUUUUCGCAAUUUGGCACAUAAUAGCUUUUGAUGAGCUGAAGACAGACUACAAAAACCCCAUUGAUCAGUGCAAUACGUUAAAUCCAACAGUUGAAAGGGUCAAAAAGAUUAAAAGAGUCAAAAUUGCAUUAAAGCUGGUACUGCCAGAGUACCUCAUCCAUGCCUUCUUCUGUGUCAUGUUCCUGUGUGCAGCAGAGUGGCUAACCCUGGGACUUAAUAUGCCGCUACUUGCCUACCACGUCUGGAGAUAUAUGAGCAGACCCAUAAUGAGUGGCCCAGGUCUCUACGAUCCCACUACAAUCAUGAAUGCUGACAUUUUAGCCUACUGUCAAAAAGAAGGCUGGUGCAAACUGGCAUUUUAUCUGCUUUCAUUUUUCUACUAUCUUUAUGGCAUGAUCUACGUGUUGGUGAGCUCCUAAAGAUUGUCAGUAGCUCAAGGAGUAGGGAAGAGGCUGCAUGCAUUGGCAAAAUAAACUACAUUGAAACAAGAGAAGGUGCCCAGGUAAACAGACGAGAAGGAGGGAAGGUUUUGCUUAAGGAACUUGUAAGCAGAGUUGAACAAUCAGCAGAGCAUCUUCAGCAUCACUACGUUAUUCGACUGUCUUCGUCUUUAGGACCCCCUUCCCUACCCUCUUCUACUGUUCUUCCCUUUCUGGACUUAGCAGCCAAGGUGGUUCUGUAUACUGGGGUCAGAAAUCGUUUCAGAGUUUCUCUCCAUGCUUUUCAUUACAAUGUCUCUCUUUUUUCUUCUACAAUUUUUUGAAGUUGGGUUUCCUUGGAAAAACCCAUAAUUACACGUUGAUGUUUACAAAAGAGGGCUUGUGUGUUGCUUAACAUAAAAAUUGCUCUUUUUCAUAACGCCAAUCAACCAUUUUGCACGUUUUGUUUUGGAUUUUGUCAUCUUUUUCAAUAAAUUUAAUUAUCCGAGGCUAUAUUUUUCUUUUUUGUACAGGCUACGCUUUAUACUUUUCUGUUUCCUAACUCCAUCUGCGCAGAUGUGCAUCCCGUUGUACGCCUAUUUGUGGUCUUUUACUGCCCCCCCCCCAAUUAUUCCUGCAAAUUCUAAUCCAAAGCGGUUUCCCCAGUGGCGAUUUAAAUGAAUAUACUACACUCUGCAGCAGACUUUUUUGGGACAAAAACUCACACGAUAAUGUAUGAUGUGAUUGCAUUUUUGGACAUGAUGUUCUUUCUUCGAGUUAUUGAUUGCUAAGCUAAAACAAAUGGAUUAAGAGGCCUUUCGUGAAGGAGCUCAUUAGCCUGUCUGUCACAGCGCCGAUCAGACCUUGCUGGCUCGUUUUCUAAUUGUGACUUCUUAGAGUGUUUUUAUUGCCAUGCUUCCAAAAAUGUUUUUUAGCUCAAAGGAAAGUAAUUUUACUACUGCAUACUAAAGCAAUGUUCAGGUAGUGGGAAGUAAGUUUAACUUUACUUAGCUCCUUUUCUGAUGAACUUGUAUUUGGAUACAAUUUUGUAUAAGUUUAUUUAUUCCAGAGGUUUCGACUCCAUUUAAGAUCUUCCUGCUGUUCAAAUGUGGUUUAUCUUAUUAAAGGACCCUGUGAAGAAUCAUGUCACACUGCUUGCUUUAUUUAGAUAUGCUUUUUAUUAUUUAAAUAAACUGUGGAAUUCACACAAUGUGUCCUGAUAAAGUUGCUUAGAGUGCACAGUGGAAAUUAGCGUUUAUAAAA